AUGCCUGCUAAGCUCCUUGUGCUUUUCCUCUUAUUAUCAGUUCUCCAAGCCUGCUCCAGGAAAAUUGAAGAUGAUGAAUAUGAAGACUUAACAUUCAACCAAAAAUGGGUGCUUUCUCCAAAAACACAAGACACAGAUGUCACACUGAUCCUGAACAAGUUGAUGAAAGAAUAUGAUAAGAAACUGAGACCUGAUAUCGGAGUUAAACCUACAGUUAUUGAUGUGGACAUAUAUGUUAACAGCAUCGGACCAGUGUCUUCAAUAAACAUGGAAUACCAAAUAGACAUAUUUUUUGCUCAAACGUGGAUUGACAGUCGUCUCAGGUUCAAUAGCACCAUGAAGAUUUUAACUCUCAACAGCAAUAUGGUUGGAUUAAUAUGGAUUCCAGACACUAUCUUUCGUAACUCCAAAACUGCAGAAGCUCAUUGGAUUACAACUCCAAAUCAACUUCUACGAAUAUGGAAUGAUGGGAAAAUUUUGUACACAUUAAGGCUUACCAUCAAUGCUGAAUGUCAACUACAACUGCACAACUUUCCCAUGGAUGAACAUUCGUGCCCACUUAUAUUCUCAUCCUAUGGUUAUCCAAAAGAGGAGAUGGUUUACAGAUGGAGGAAAAACUCAGUAGAAGCAACAAAUCAGAAAUCAUGGAGGCUUUAUCAAUUUGAUUUUAUGGGCCUCAGAAAUACUAGUGAAAUUGUGCAAACAACAGCAGGUGAUUAUAUUGUCAUGACUGUGUACUUUGAUUUAAGCAGAAGAAUGGGAUACUUCACUAUUCAAACAUAUAUCCCUUGCAUAUUAACAGUUGUGUUAUCCUGGGUAUCAUUCUGGAUAAAAAAAGAUGCCACUCCAGCAAGAACUGCAUUAGGUAUCACCACAGUAUUGACAAUGACAACUUUAAGUACCAUAGCAAGAAAGUCCUUACCAAGAGUUUCAUAUGUCACCGCCAUGGAUCUUUUUGUCACAGUCUGUUUCUUAUUUGUAUUUGCGGCACUGAUGGAGUAUGCAGCACUUAAUUAUUAUUCAAGCUGUAAAAAGCCAAGAUGUAAAAAGAAGAAAAAAUCUUCUUCACCCCUGCCCUCCCUGGAUAUGAGACCUCCACCAUCAGUCAUCACCUUGAACAAUGCCAUGUACUGGCAAGAAUUUGAAGAAGCGUGUGUCUACGAGUGUUUGGACGGGAAAGACUGUCAAAGUUUCUUUUGUUGCUAUGAUGAAUGUAAAUCGGGCUCAUGGAGAAGAGGUCGGAUACAUAUAGACCUUCUAGAAUUGGACUCCUACUCCAGAGUGUUUUUUCCAACAUCAUUCUUGUUAUUUAACCUUGUAUACUGGGUUGGAUAUCUCUACCUAUAA